AUGUUCCAGCUCCUCUCCCACUGCUGGUCUAGGCUGCAUGCCAUACAGGAACCAAUCAGGAAAGUGACCCUCCUUGUCGUGGGCCUGGACAAUACAGGGAAAACCUCCCUCAUAAUGGAGAUACAGAGAGUGCUCUCGUGUGAGGUGCUCCCCACAACAAAGCCUAACCAGACAGAACUCAGAGUGGACCGGUUUGAAGUCUCCCUUGUCGACCUAUCUGGGGGGCAGAGGUUGCGGGGCACAUGGCGUAAUCACUACGGUGACACUCACGGGAUUAUCUUUGUUCUGGACUCCAGCGAUGUGCUGCGGAUGGAAGAGGCCAAGAGAACCUUGAGCCAUCUUCUGGCUCACCCUAGGAUUUCAGGGAAGCCCCUGUUACUGCUGGCCAAUAAACAGGACAAGGUUGAUGCCCUCCUCCCAUGUGAGCUGAUCGAAUGCCUGUCCCUGGAGAAGCUUGUGAACGAAAACAAGUCACUGUGCCGCAUCGAGCCAUCUUCAGCAACCAAAAGUCUGCAUAAAAGCCAGUCCCGGACCAUCCUGCAGGGACUCCGCUGGCUCCUGCACACCAUUGCCAUCAACUACAGUGUCCUGAGUGCCCGGGUACAACAAGACAGCCCUGACCAGCCAGCCCCCCGAGAGCAAGAGGCUCCCAGGAGAGCAGCGCGGGCCCACAGCCAGACUCGGGGGGAGAGGCCAUUGCUGGCCAGAAGGGAGAGUUCCCAAGAAGGAAGCGCCAAGAUAGGGGAGUACAAACUACUACAGCCCAUCCAGAACACACUCUCACAGAAGGAGGAAGGCCCAAAGGUACUCAAGAGAAGGAGAAAGAAAGGGAAGGUGAAGAAGAAAGGGUUGGUGCAGUGUGGGAGCAUGGCUGAUGAAGAGGAAGGGAAAGCUUGGGGAGGAGAGAACAGAGCAAGUGCUGCAGUUGGGCUCCUCCACAGCAACAGAGUUGGCCAGGAGAAACCACUCCCCCAGGGGACAACUCCUCUCCCAGCAGGGCAGAGCACAAAGAAGAAAAAGAAGAAAAUUAAAAAUAAAAUCAAGUCCCAGGAGGCCUCAUUGGAGCCACAGAAUGAAGGAAUCUCGGGUACCUUUGACUUGUAUCGAAGGGCAAUGCUGGCUCUGAAAAUGAGGCAAGAGCGGAGGAAGCAGCCUUCUGCUAUCACUCCCUGAAGAAAAGCUCCAUAUUGUUGACCGCAUAAAUGUGGUCUCCACCAGGCAUGAGAAGUUGAUGGCAGAUUGUUCUGUGCUGUUAUUGCUGUUGGUGUGAGGUUCUAUGUUGCUCUCUAACGGUGCAAUGUAUCUGUGCUCCCACUCAGAACCUCCCAAGUCCCAAAGGGUAUCCACGAGCAUGUGCAGUCAGUAUCAGCUCAGGCAGUGAGAUUGUCUAACCUAAUGGAAACUCUGCUCGAGAGACAAGAUUCUCAGGGCUUGUAGGCUACAAAGGUGGAGUCUCAAGCAGCAAGUCUUCAAAAUAUAAAGACCAAUAUUUUCCUCCUAGGGACUGUGGGAAUGUCUGGGAUUCACACGUGUAAGCUGAAAUGUCACAUGUGUAAAGAAUUCUGCCAGCAACCUGGAU